GGACGCUCCGCCUUCCUGCCGGCCUUCAAGAGGGCGACGAGGAAGCGGCCACCUCCCUGCGCCCCGCCCCUCCGGCUUGCGCUGAGGCUUCUGCGGCUCCUCCCGGCUGCUCCCGGCUCCUCUCUGCCCUCUCCCGGCUUUCUGCGGCUCCGGCCUGGGCUCGGCGGCGGCGGGCAGUUUCAGUGGUGCAGAAUGGCGGACCUCAGUCUUGUGGAUGCAUUGACCGAGCCACCUCCAGAGAUUGAGGGAGAGAUAAAGCGAGACUUUAUUGCCACACUGGAGGCAGAGCCCUAUGAUGACAUUGUGGGAGAAACUGUGGAGAAAACUGAGUAUAUUCCUCUCCUGGAUGGUGACGAUAAAACUGGGAACUCAGAGUCCAAGAAGAAACCAUGCUCAGACACUAGCCAGACUGAAGGUACUCCAUCGUCUAAACCAACACUUCUAGCCAAUGGUGAUCAUGGAAUGGAGGGGACUAACACUGCAGGGUUUCCAACUGACUUUCUUGAAGAGAAAAUGGCCUAUCAGGAUUAUCAGAACGCCCAGAACUGGCCAGAAGAUGCAGGCUUUUGUUUCCAGCCCCAGGAAGCGUUAGAUACUAACCAGGCUGAUCCCUUUAAGAUGCACCAUGAUGGUGACCUGGCGGAUCUGCUCUUUGCCGCCAGUGGCCCCACAAAUGCUUCAGCAUUCAUAGGUCAAAGUGAUCCUCUGGAAGACAGUUAUGGUAUGCUUCCCUGUGACUCAGCCGCUCCCACGGCUGUUGUAUCUCAGGAGUGGUCUAUGGAAGCCCCAAACUCUCCACACUCAGAGUCCUUCACGUCUCCAGAGGUUAUUGGAGAAACCCUACAACCAGCAGCAGAGCUAUCCCAGGAAAUAGAAGUGGAAUCAGUAAAAGAGCAGCUGCCAACUAAAGCAUUGGAAAUGAUGGCAGAACAGAAGAUCACUGAUAUGGUGCCAUCUAGAGAAACAGAGCUCUCUCCAUCUAUAGACAUGACACCAGACAUGGAAACAGAGGUAGCAGUGGCUAAAGACACAGAAGAGACCACCAAACCAGAUGCCAUAUUGGCAAAUGUCAUGCAGCCAUCCAUUGAAUCAGAUAUGUUCCUGGCCGAGGACAGCAAACUACCCUUAGGAACAGACGAGAUCCCUGUUAAAGAGAUUGUAUUGCCUGCAGAAGCAGUUGUAUCUUCAGCCAAGGAUAUGGCACCGCCUACAGAAACAGAAAUGAGCCCAGGCAAAGAUGUGACACUGUCCAGUGAAACAGAUAUGACAAUAAAAAUGGACUUGGCACCACCUGAGGAUAUCGUACUUCCUAAAGAAACAGAGCUAGCCCCAGCCAAGGGCAUGGUUUCACUCUCAGAAAUAGAAGUGGCCCUGGCAACAGAUACUGAGCCCUCUACAGAAGUACCUACAGCUGAGGAGGUGGUCCUGGCAACAGACAUGGCCCUGCCCUCAGAUACCAUAAAGAUGUUGACAGAGGAUGUGGCACUCUCCUUAGCAACAGAGGGAUCCCUGGGCAAGGACAUGACUCCAUUUCCAGAAACAGAAACCCUGGGCAAGGAUAUGGCUCCACCUACAGAAAUGAAAUUGGGCACAGUCAAAGACGUGGCUCUACUCCCAGAAUCAGAAGUGGUUCUCUCCAAGGAUGGGGUUACACUUCCAGAAACAGAGGUGACUGAGCUCAAUAAUGUUACUCCACCUUCAGAAAGAGAGGUAUCCUCAAUCAAGGACAUGUCUCUGCCUCCAGAAACAGAGGCUUCCUUGCCUAAGAAUGCCAUUCUGCACUCAGGAACAGAGGUAACUCUGGAUGACAGCAUGACUCCAGCCAAGGAUGUCUCACUGCCCUUGGAGGCAGAAGUAGCACUAGUUCAAAUUAAAGACAAGGAAACUGCACAGAUUCAAGAAGAACUAAGUGAAGACUCCCAGUUAGAAUCUGUGCAGCACAAGGAACAGUCCACAGCACCUUCUUGCGUGAUUUCACCAGAACCAGUUAAAGCUGCAGACCGAAAAUCUAACUUGCCAACAGAUGAAGUUUCUGCAUUAGAAAAGUUAGAGCAGAAGGAAACAUCUGGCAGUCAGCCUUCUGAACUUUGUUCAGGAAUAGCCAGGCAAGAAGAAGGAAAGGCUGCUGUGGGUGUAACCGGAAAUGACAUCACUACCCCACCAAACAAGGAGCUCCCGCCAAGCCCAGAAAAGAAAGCAAAGCCUUUGGCCACCACUCAGCCUGCAAAGACGUCAACAUCGAAAGCCAAAACACAGCCCACUUCUCUCCCUAAGCAGCCAGCUCCCACCACCUCUGGUGGGUUGAGUAAAAAACCCAUGAGCCUCGCUUCAGGCUCAGUGCCAGCUGCCCCACUCAAACGCCCUGCUGCUGCCACUGCUACUGCCAGGCCUUCCACCCUACCUGCAAGAGACGUGAAACCAAAGCCAAUUACAGAGGCUAAGAUUCCUGAAAAGCGGACAUCGCCAUCCAAGCUUGCAUCUGCCCCAGCCCUCAGGCCUGGACCCAAAACCACCCCAACUGCCUCAAAAGCCACUUCUCCCUCAGCUCUUGUUUCCACUGGGCCAAGCAGCAGAAGUCCUGCCACGCCCCAGCCUAAGAGGCCUAGCACUACUAAAACUGAGGGGAAACCUGCUGAUGUCAAAAGGAUGACUGCUAAGUCUGCACCAGCUGACCUGAGUCGCUCAAAGACCACCUCUACCAGUUCUGUGAAGAGAAACUCCACUCCCACUGGGUCAGCACCCCCAGCAGGGAUGACUUCCACUCGAGCCAAGCCCACGCCCGCACCUUCCCGGCCUUCUGUGGCUCUCUCUGUGGACAAGAAGCCCACCUUGGCUAAACCUAGCUGCUCAGCUCCCAGGCUGAGCCGCCUGACCACUACUGCUUCUGCCCCUGACCUGAAGAGCGUUCGCUCCAAGGUUGGCUCUACAGAAAACAUCAAGCACCAGCCUGGAGGAGGCCGGGCCAAAGUAGAGAAAAAAACAGAGGCAGCUGCCACAGCUGGAAAACCUGAACCUAAUGCAGUCACUAAAGCAGCCGGCUCCAUUGCGAGUGCACAGAAACUGCCUGCUGGGAAAGUCCAGAUAGUCUCCAAAAAAGUGAGCUACAGCCAUAUUCAAUCCAAGUGUGGUUCCAAGGACAAUAUUAAGCAUGUCCCUGGAGGUGGCAAUGUUCAGAUUCAGAACAAGAAAGUGGACAUGUCCAAGGUCUCCUCCAAGUGUGGGUCCAAAGCUAACAUCAAGCACAAGCCUGGUGGAGGAGAUGUCAAGAUUGAAAGUCAGAAGUUGAACUUCAAGGAGAAGGCCCAGGCCAAAGUGGGGUCCCUCGAUAACGUGGGCCACCUGCCUGCAGGAGGUGCCGUGAAGACUGAGGGCGGUGGCAGUGAGGCCCCUCCGUGUCCAGGCCCCCCCGCUGGGGAGGAGCCAGCCAUCCCUGAGGCUGCGCCUGACGCUGGUGCCCCUACUUCAGCCAGUGGCCUCAGUGGCCACACCACCCUGUCAGGGGGUGGUGACCAAAGGGAGCCCCAGACUUUGGACAGCCAGAUCCAGGAGACAAGCAUCUAAUGAUGACAUUCUGGUCUCGUCUUCCAUCUCCCCUGUGUUCCCUCUCUUGUCUCCCCCUCCCCCAUGUUGCCCUCUCCCAUCCCUCCUCACGUGUCACUGCAGAUUGAGACCUACAGGCUGACGUUCCGGGCAAAUGCCAGGGCUCGCACCGACCAUGGGGCCGACAUUGUCUCCCGGCCUCCCCA